GGGCUAAAUCGAUCAGAAGAGCAAGCCGCACAGAAUUUAAAUUGUGUUUUGUGUAAUGCGGAAAUUUUACCAAGCGACGGUUGUAAAACUAAAUGUGGACAUACAUUUCAUAAACUUUGCAUAAAGACACAUUUUCGUAGUGACAAUACAUGUCCGGUUUGCAAAGCCAUUUGUCUAGAUCCUCCAGGCCCCUCAACACGUCAACAAACUCGAAAUCAAACUAAAGCAACUGAAAAUACUGCAAUCCAACCGGAAAUCCCCAGACCAUCUAGUGUAGCUUCAAAUUCUGAUACAAAUCGAGAAGGUUAUCCAUCUGGCAUUAAUAUGGAACUAAGUUCUUUUAUUAGCAAUUCCCUACAAGUUAUGCAAAAUGACUUGCUUCUUCAAUUGACCGAAAGGUUGGCAGCGGCAGUUGAAACUAGUGUUUCCACACAUUUGAGUCGACACAACAGUGUUACUCAGCAAUCACGCUCGCAAAGUGCAACCAAUAGUUCACGCUCGCCUGAUCAGUUAUUGAGAUUGGCCCCAGGUACAACUGAAACUAAUUAUGUUCCAAUAGGGCGAUCCGUCAGCAAUAAUGGCUCAGAGUUGGAAAAUAGGCCGGAAAAGAUUGGUCAAAUAAUAAAUAAUUGGAAGCUCCGUUUUAGCGGGGGCACAGAAGGAUUAAGCGUCGAUAAUUUUAUCUACCGGGUCGAAGCGCUUACUCACCAAACGCUUGGUGGAAAUUUCGCUUUGUUGUGCGAUAACGCUAGUCUUUUGUUUGAGGGAAAAGCUAAUGAUUUUUAUUGGAGAUUCCAUAAAGCAGAGCAAACGGUGCGAUGGAACUCAUUAUGCAUGGCCCUCAGAAAGCAAUUUCGAGAUACGCGCUCUGAUGUGGACAUUAGAGAACUCAUUCGCAAUAGAAAACAAAAAGAAAAAGAGAACUUUGAUGGGUUUUAUGACGCAGUAGUUCAGUUAGUUGACCGUUUGGAACAAACUUUGGACGAAACCACAUUAGUUGAAAUUUUAAGGCGCAAUCUACGGCCAGAGGUACAACACGAAAUCCUUAAUAUAGAAACCAGGUCAGUUUCUAAGUUGAGGGAAGUUUGUCGAAAGCGAGAAUGUUUCUUGGACGAAGCCAGACGUGUACAUGGGUAUCAAAAAUCCACUCCAUUUAAAAGAAAUGUGGCUGAGGUAUUUGAAGAGAAUAAGUCUGAUAUUUUCUCAGAGUCCGAUUCUGAUGGCAACGAAGAAAUAGGGGCAAUGUCUCUUAUCUGCUGGAAUUGUCGCAGAGAAGGGCAUCGUUACCAAGAUUGCGUAGCCAAACGUAAAGUAUUUUGCUAUGGUUGUGGCACUAAAAACACUUACAAGCCUGCUUGCCCCAAAUGUCAAAAAAACUUGAAGGUGAGCACUCAAGGCACUCGUCGUCCUUCGUGUGUUCAGAUAAAUCAGGCGACGAACACAGAUUAAAUAAGCCAAUUUUAACCAAUAACGUCGGCCAAAAGCUAGACGUUGCCAGUGAAAAUAACAUUAACGACUUUUUACACUGGCCACAGAAAAUAAAUUACUUUCAAUCACUAUGUAAAAACUUAAAGCCCGAUACAUUCCUAUCGCAGUCCAGAAAUAGCAAUAGGCACAAAUCAUAUUGGCGCGCAAUCAAAACCAUAAAUGCAAUUCGUAAAAAGAAAAGCGACAAAAGACCUUAUGCUUUAAUUAAAUUAUUAAACCGUGAAGUGUGUGGUCUUUUAGAUACCGGUGCUGCAGUUAGCUGUAUAGGAGGACAUUUGGCUGAAGAAAUUAUUAAAAGUAGGAUUCCAAUAAAGCGUGUAUCAUCUAAUGUGAGCACUGCAGAUGGUAGCCUUCAACAAAUUGUAGGUCGUAUCACGACUGAAGUUGAGUACGAACACAAAACGCGCGACAUGGACUUUUACAUCAUUCCCACCUUGUCCCAAGAACUAUAUUUAGGAAUAGAUUUUUGGAAUUUAUAUGAUCUCUUGCCACCUGAAUUACAAGUGUCCGAAUUAAAAAUAGAUAGCAGUCAGCAUAAAUUAUCAAUGGAACAAAAUGAAAGGUUACAAAAAGUGAUCGAACAGUUUCCCUCAUUUGCUUUGGUUGGGCUAGGUAAGACAAAUUUUAUUACUCACAUUAUUAAUGUGGGGGACGCAACACCUAUAAAACAGCGUCAUUUUCCCGUCUCUCCCGCCGUGGAAAAAUUGCUUUAUGCGGAAGUAGAUCGCAUGCUUAAGCUGGGGGUGAUAGAGGAAUCAGACAGCGCUUGGUCUUCGCCAGUUGUACUAGUUCAAAAACCAGGAAAGAUAAGAUUAUGCUUAGACAGCCGUAAGGUAAAUGCAGUGACACAAAAAGAUGCCUAUCCUCUCCCACAAAUUGAUGGUAUCUUGAGUCGUUUGCCAAAAGCCAUGUUUAUUUCUAGUUUAGAUCUGAAAGAUGCUUUUUGGCAGAUACCGCUUGACCCAGCCUCGCGAGACAAAACUGCGUUUACAAUUCCUGGUAGGCCAUUGUAUCAAUAUAGAGUUAUGCCUUUUGGUUUGUGCAAUGCUCCUCAGACUAUGUCGCGGCUGAUGGAUAAAGUCAUACCACCAGCGUUGAGAAAUGAGGUUUUUGUUUAUUUGGACGAUUUGAUUAUUGUUUCAGAUAGCUUUGAGUCACAUCUAGAAGUUCUGCAAACGGUAGCAUCACACAUACGAGCAGCCGGUUUGACCAUUAACGUAGAGAAGAGCCAUUUCUGCAUGCGCUCUGUAAAAUAUCUUGGUCAUAUUGUGGGGGAAGGCGUCAUACGAACCGAUCCCGAAAAAGUGUCCGCCAUCACCAACUUUCCGCUUCCGAAAAAUAUAAAAGCCCUACGAAGCUUUUUGGGAAUGGCCGGCUGGUACAGGAAAUUUAUCCACAAUUUUGCUUCUGUGACUGCGCCAUUGACUGACUUGCUAAAAACCAGGAAAAAAUUUGCCAUGUCCGAAGAGGGAAAGAGGGCCUUUGAAAACUUGAAAGAAAUGUUAAGCACCGCACCGCUAUUACGUAGUCCAGAUUUUACUAAGCCUUUUUAUAUUCAUUGCGAUGCCAGUAAAACUGGAGUAGGGGGAGUCCUCGUUCAGAAAACAGAGACAGGAGAUGAAUAUCCUAUAGCUUUUGUAUCAAAAAAACUAAAUCCAGCACAAAGGAAUUAUUCCGUCACGGAACAAGAAUGCCUGGCAGCUAUAAUUUGUCUGAAACGCUUUAGGGCUUAUAUAGAAGGCUUGGAAUUUACCAUAAUUACAGACCAUGCCUCUCUAAAGUGGCUCAUGUCGCAAAGUGAUUUGCAUUCGCGGUUGGCAAGAUGGGCACUAAAACUACAAAGUUUUAAAUUUAGAAUUGAGCACCGCAAGGGAAGGCUUAAUGUGGUCCCAGAUGCCUUGUCGAGAAUAAACGAGGAUGAGAUUGCUGCCGUUGACUUGAACAAUGGGUUAUUGGUUGAUUUGGAAUCGCCAGAGUUUAAGGGCGAAGAAUAUUCGGAUUUGGUGGAACGUGUUAAAGCCAAUCUGGAUCAAUUUCCUGACCUAAAAAUCGCCGAUGAUUUGGUUUAUAGGCGCUCAGACUAUUCAAAUGGGGACAGGUUGCAUGAUACGUAUACUUGGAAGCUAUGGGUGCCCAAAUCCUUGGUAAAAACGGUUUUAAAAAAUGCUCACGACCAUCCUUUAGCAUCCCAUGGGGGAAUUCAUAAAACAUUGGAGCGCAUUCGUCGGUAUUAUUACUGGCCUAAUUUGGUAAACGACGUGCGAAAAUAUAUUAAUGCAUGCGAAACUUGUAAGUCUACAAAAUCUGUAAACUGUACUUUGCGACCUCCACUUGGUAAACCGCACGAAACGCAACGCUUCUUUCAACGGUUGUACGUGGAUUUCUUAGGUCCAUAUCCACGUUCUAAAAGUGGUCACGUGGGAGUUUUCAUAGUGCUGGAUCACUUCUCAAAAUUCGUUUUCCUCAAAGCAGUCAAAAAACUGAAUGCUGAGGUGGUGAUCAAGUAUUUGCAAAAUGAGCUCUUCCACACUUUUGGGGUACCAGAGUGUAUUGUGUCAGAUAAUGGGUCCCAAUUUAAAUCUAUUGCCUUUAGGAAUUUGUUGCAAGAACACAAAAUUUUCCAGAUGUUCACAGCCGUACAUUCACCGCAAGCAAAUGCUUCUGAACGAGUUAAUCGGUCAGUGAUUGCAGCAAUUUGUUCAUACAUACGGCCUGAUCAGCGAGAUUGGGACGAAAAUUUAAGCAGAAUUUCUUGUGCUUUGCGUUCUGCAGUACAUGCUGCAUUAAAUACGAGUCCUUAUUAUAUGGUAUUUGGGCAGCAUAUGGUGACUUCUGGAGCCACUUAUAAGCUGUUGAAAUCGCUAGAUCUAUUAGAAGAUAGAGCCAUUGCAUUUUCAAAAACGGAUUCUUUUGACAUUGUUAAAAGUAAGGCAGCUGAAGUCUCGAAAAGGCAAAAUGAUAAAAAUAAACGAAAUUAUAACCUGAGGUCACGCGAAGUCAGCUACCAGGUAGGGCAAGAAAUUUAUCAUCGCAAUUUCAAGCAGAGCUCUUUUCAAACCGGUUAUAGUGCAAAACUUGGUCCAACUUUUAUUAAAGCGAGAAUUCGAAGCAAACUCGGAAACUCAUAUUAUGAUGUCGAAGACUUGCAAGGGCGACUGAUAGGGCGUUAUCAUGCCAAAGAUUUGCGCCAAUAAGCAUACGCGAUUUGCAGGACAAAAAGCUACAAGUCAGAUCAGCCUUGUGUGCAUUAAGCCCGCUUUAUUCCCCAAGUCUGAUUUUGGUGAGGGGGUGUUUGUAGCGUGACUUGUAGCCUGUACGUUAAAUUUAAUUAUUUUUAAAAUUUAACGACUCGCCAUCUGUUGGUCAAGCUAAACAGUAGCCUUUAACAGGUACAAGGUGAAAGUGAAAUAGCAGCAGCAAAUGUCAACAAAAGGAAGAAAUUGGCGCCUUUCACUGACGCUAUGUUAAAAGCUUUCGUUCGCGCCAGCGGUAGUACGUUCGGUCUUUUUUAUUCCGAACGUCAAUCAAGCCAGAAGUGUAUGAAGUGUUAAGUUCAACUUGUCGAAAUAAAAAAAAAAAAAAAGUCAAAUUUUCUUCCGCUGGCAAGAAAGCAAAUGCUUGUGCCUUUUGUGGGAAAAAAAGUAAAGUUCCCAAAUUGAAUUCAAAAGUGUGUAAUUGUUCUCUUUAACCGCUUUGGGUACAACCAUUAAAGCCGCUAAAAUAUUUGCGGAAGAAGUAUCAGACCACGGGCCUUGAUCAGCUGUCUGCAACAACAAACCUUGCCUGGGACUUCCACUCGGUCGGCCGCAGUGCCUAGAGGGAGAAUAAACGGCAGAAAAAAAAGAAGAGAGCAACUUCCAGGCUAGCUUUCCCGUCCACUCAACACCCGGCAGCUUCUACUUUAAUUUGGGAGUGUAGAAAAGGCGGCUAUAGCGACCAAACGUCGGCGGGGGCGCGACCCUUUUUAAAUCGGCGACCAAACGUUAAAAUAAGUAUCGGAACUCGCCCGGAGGUGUUACCCAUUUUUUUUUCUUAAUUUUUUUAUUGUUGGUGUCGGUUUAGUGCCCGAAAAAAAGUAAAAAACCCGAGUAAAUUCGGGUAAGAUUGCAGUGGCGCGCAAGCGCCGAAGAAGCCGAUUGCCGGCGUAUUAGUAUUUAUAAGGUUAGGCUAGUUUUUUUUAUAUAUGUUAAUUUGUCCAAAUCAGUGGCAAAAUUUUAUUUGAAGUGCUCGUGAUAUGUAUGGUUUUAAUUGUUAAGCCACUGUUUUAUUUUUGCAUUUUUUUUUCUUGUUGCCUUAUUCCGUAAUUCGGAAGGCACCAAUUUUUUUUAGUGAGAACGUGAGAGCGAUUAAUGGUUCUCUCUCGCGCUUGUGCGCUUUACUUUGCUUCCCGCGGGUUUUUUUUUGUUUGCGCGCUCUUAUUCCAGCGCGGUGUCUUUUUUUACAGCUACGCUCGUUCCAGACGGAAAGCGCUUUCUGCGUGGGAUCAGCAGCCCAGCCGUAAGUAGACAGCUGUUUAUUUAUUCUUUUAUUUGCAUUUGAUUUCAAAAAAUGGGUCAUUGGAAGCGCAAUACUCACUAAAGAAAGUUUAUAUUUAUUUUUAUUCUCUACGCCACUG